UAUAAUCAGAAUUGAAAUUGUAAGAGCACAAGAAAAUGGCGAAACGCAAGAAAUCCGAAACCAAUUCACAAUCAGCGGAUAACGGGAGUACCAUAUCAGAGUAUGAGGAACAAAGACUCCGAAGAAUCGCAGAAAACCAAGCGAGGUUGAAGGCUUUGGGGUUACCCCAAAUGGUCUCUUCCUUGAAAACCUUGCCUCAGAUUAAGCAAUUGAAGAAGAAGGGAAAGGAAAAGGUUGAAGAUGAUGAUGAAGAGUAUGAACCCGAAAAUGAAGAGGAACGGGAUACUGAAUCAGAUUCUUCCAGUGAACGUGAAUCUGAGUUUGAAAAUGCUUCUGGGUCACGGAAAAGGAAGGCGAAGAGCAAAAGUUUGAAGGUGAAAAGUAGAGUAACCGCAACCGGAAAGAAGCACGGUGGUAAUUUAAAAUAUGUUGAUGAAGAAGAAGAAGCUUGGAUGCAGGCAAUUGCUCAUUCUCUGCAAAAGUCUGCGGAACCUUCAGUUUGCUCUAACACAAAUGUAGGGAACAUCAGCAAGGCUGAGAAAAAGGAAACCAUUAACAUUCAAGAGGAUAAGGAACGAAAGAACAAAAAAUCGUUUAUUAGUCGGCUGCAAAUGACCGAGGAUGAACUCAUUGUACACUUCUUCCAGCUUGAUGAAGCGGGAAAAGGAACCAUAACAAUAAGGGAUUUAGAAAGAGCAGCUAUAACUCAUGAUUUUGCAUGGACAGACAAUGAGUUGGUUGAUAUGAUUCGUUGCUUUGAUAGUGACGGAGAUGGAAGGCUAAGUCUAGACGAUUUUCGCAAGAUUGUUGUUUGAUGCAACAUGAUAAAAGACUCACAGAAUUCUUGACAAGGUAGCUCAAAGUUUUUAGGAUUCUUUGUUGACUAGUGACCAUCACUUUGUAUAUUUCUAAUGGAAUAUCAUAGAUUUGUUUCAAGUAGUUGGAUACUUUCUCAAUAUUAAUUUUUUCUUCUUCUUAAAAUGAUGUAUAAUUGGAGCUCUAUCUUAAAAUAGACUUACAUGGCCAUUUUGAUGCUGAGAUGCAUAGUCGAUACCAUCCAAUUUCAUUUUUCAAAUUAAAGUAUAUUUUAAAAAAUCUUUAAAAAAAAAGUUGAAGUUCUUCCUCGUUUGUUUUGUUCAUUGACAUUCAUCAUUUUUAUCAAAUUAAAAUCUAGAAAAUAAGAGAUUUAAAUUUAAAAAAAGAGAGCGUAAUUUCAUAGUAUUCUUCAUAAAAAAUACUAUGAAAUUAUAAACCCAGCAAAC